AUGAAUAUUCAACUAAGAGACUUAAAUUUAAAAGAAGAUGAUAAAAAAAAUAUAAAAAAUAAAAGAACUAUUCAUGUGAAAAACACAUAUAUAUCACCAUAUGUUCUUUACAACAAAAACUAUAACACUGAUCAACUGAAAAAAUUAAAUAAAAUAUUUUCAAAUGAAAAUUGUAUGGUUAUAAAUAAAAAUAGCAAUUUUGUUAAGGAAAAUUGUCAUGAAAAAAAAAUAUUAAGAAAUGAAAUUUUUAAUAAUUUAUGUACUAAAUCUCUCGAAAAUAGGGAUGAAGAAUAUAAGUUAAAUACAAAUACGAAAAUGAUACAGAUGAAUUCUGAAAAAGGAUAUAAUAAAGAUAAUGAAAGAAUAAUAAAUGAAAAUAAUGAUUUAUUAUAUAACUUAAAGAAAAUUAAUAUUUGUAAUUAUGAGGAUGAUAAUAAAAGUACAAAAAUUGUUUUCAAAUCGAAUGAAUUAAAUAACUACAACAGGAUAACUAAUAGUGAUAAUACUAGUAAAAAAAAUUACAACAUACAUGAAAAUACUGAGUCAUAUUUCACUUUUCCAAACAAAACUUAUCUUGAGGGUGUAACUUUACGAAAUAACAUAACGUGCAAUAUAAAAAAUAACGUUGAUUUUAAUGAUAACUAUAAUUUAAGAAAAAGUUCCCCAACAGACAUAAUAUAUAAAUGUGAAGAUUCAAUACCUCUUGGAACUAUAUUAAACAUUCAUAAUUUAGAUAGUAGCAACCAUCUUACCACAGUUAUGCUUAGAAAUAUACCUAAUAAGUAUACGCAAAACAUGUUAAUGGCUGUUAUGAAUGAACAUUUUAAAGGGCUAUAUGAUUUUUUUUAUUUACCAAUUGAUUUUCGUAACAAGUGUAACGUUGGAUAUGCGUUUAUUAAUUUUAUUCAUCCACAUUAUGCUGAACUAUUCAUAAAAUUUUUUAAUAAUUACAAGCUAAAUGCUUUUAAAAGUAAUAAAGUUUGUUCAGUCACAUGGGGUAGAGUACAAGGUUUAAAAGCAAAUAUUGAGCAUUAUAGAAAUUCAGCAAUCAUGACUAUACCAAUACCUCAAUAUAAACCUAUUCUUUUUCAAAACGGAAUAGCUGUUUCAUGGCCUGAAUCAGACGGACCUUUACCAGCCAUUAAAUUAAGAUCUCAAAAAUAUUAA